UUUCGGGGUGUAUUUCCGCUGACUUGACGCACUGACUGGACCUCAGCAUCAGCAUCUAGGGGGCUUAGCAGGCCGGAGACAGCUGACCAGCAUCUGAUACAGGUGCAGUGUUUCUUUAUUGUAGUGGAGGUGGACCAUAGUUCUCAUCAUGGGGGAGCUAUUCAGGAGCGAGGAGAUGACCCUGGCCCAGCUCUUUCUCCAGUCAGAGGCAGCCUACUGCUGUGUCAGCGAGCUGGGAGAACUGGGAAUGGUCCAGUUUAGAGAUCUGAAUCCAGACGUGAACGUAUUCCAGCGCAAGUUUGUUAAUGAAGUGAGGAGAUGUGAGGAGAUGGACAGGAAGCUGAGGUUUGUGGAAAAGGAGAUCAAGAAAGCUAGUAUCCCAACUGUGGACACUGGCGAGAAUCCAGAGGUGCCUUUUCCCAGGGACAUGAUUGAUCUCGAGGCCACCUUUGAGAAGCUGGAGAACGAACUAAAGGAAAUCAACACCAAUCAGGAAGCCCUGAAGAAGAACUUCCUGGAGCUGACGGAGCUCAAACACAUCCUCCGUCGAACACAGCAAUUCUUUGAUGAGAUGGAGGAUCCCAACCUGCUGGAGGAGUCUUCGGCCCUGAUGGAGGGCAGCGAGGGGGGCCGUGGGGCCCCGCUCAGACUGGGGUUUGUGGCCGGAGUGAUCAGCAGGGAGAGGAUCCCAACCUUUGAGAGGAUGCUGUGGAGAGUGUGUCGUGGUAAUGUCUUCCUAAGGAAGGCAGAGAUCGAGGACCCUCUGGAGGACCCCGCCACGGGAGACCAAGUCCACAAAUCAGUGUUUAUUAUCUUCUUCCAAGGUGACCAGCUGAAGAACAGGGUGAAGAAGAUCUGUGAGGGGUUCCGUGCCUCACUCUACCCGUGUCCAGAGACCCCAGUGGAGAGAAAGGAGAUGCUGGCAGGAGUCAACAGCCGCAUCGACGACCUCCAGAUGGUGCUGAACCAAACAGAGGACCAUCGUCAGCGAGUGCUGCAGGCCGCCUCCAAGACCAUGAGAGUGUGGUUCAUAAAAGUGAGGAAAAUGAAGGCCAUCUACCACACGCUCAACCUGUGCAACAUCGAUGUCACGCAGAAAUGUCUGAUUGCCGAGGUGUGGUGUCCUGUCUCCGACCUGGACUCCAUCCAGUUUGCUCUGCGCAGAGGGACGGAGAGGAGCGGCUCAACAGUCCCCUCCAUUCUCAACAGGAUGCAGACCAAGCAAACUCCACCGACCUUCAAUAAGACCAACAAGUUCACGUCAGGCUUCCAGAACAUUGUUGACGCCUACGGCAUCGGGAACUACCGGGAAAUCAAUCCAGCUCCGUACACCAUCAUUACCUUCCCCUUCCUGUUUGCGGUGAUGUUUGGGGACAUGGGUCAUGGCCUGCUGAUGACCUGUGCUGCCCUCUACCUGGUCAUCAGGGAGAGUCGCCUCCUCUCCCAGAAGAGUGACAACGAGAUGUUCAACAUGGUGUUUGCUGGUCGAUACAUUAUCCUGUUGAUGGGGGUCUUCUCCGUCUACACUGGACUCAUUUACAACGACUGCUUCUCCAAAUCGCUCAACAUGUUCGGCUCUGGAUGGAGCCCCAGGCACAUGUUUGGCAACAAAGGAGCCAACUGGACGCGUGAGACAGUUUAUGAUAAUGCAGUUCUACAGCUGGACCCGGCUGUUCCUGGUGUGUUCAACGGGCCUUAUCCACUCGGAAUCGACCCGAUCUGGAACGUUGCCACCAACAAGCUGACCUUCCUCAACUCAUUCAAGAUGAAGAUGUCCGUGAUCCUUGGUGUCGUCCACAUGCUGUUUGGAGUGUCUCUCAGUCUCUUCAACCACCUGUACUUCAAGAAGCCACUGAACAUCUUCCUGGGCUUCAUCCCAGAGAUCGUCUUCAUGGCCAGCCUGUUCGGCUACCUCGUCCUGCUCGUCUUCUACAAGUGGACAGCCUAUGACGCCUUCACCUCCAAGGACGCGCCCAGCCUGCUUAUCCACUUUAUCAACAUGUGUCUCUUCAACUACAGUGACCCCACCAGCAAGCCCCUCUACAGGGGACAGAUGGGGAUCCAGGUUUUGUUGGUGCUGAUUGCCCUUGCAUGUGUACCCUGUAUGCUGAUUGUGAAAACUAUGGUGCUUCGGCGUCAGCACCUGUGGAAAAUGCACCUGUCCCAGAAGAGGGAAGAAACCCCUGCAGAGAAUCUAGAGCAGUCUUUAGAGCAAACAGGCGUGUCCUCAUCAUGCACCGGACUCACCCAACAGGGCACGCAGAAGUUUGGAGGGGUGCGGGUGGGCAACGGGCCCACGGAGGACGAGGCUGGCAUCAUGGACCAUGACCAGCUCUCCCAGCACUCAGAGGAAGGAGAUGAGCAUUCUGAGGAAGAGCCGUUUGACUUUGGUGACGUAGCUGUCCACCAGGCCAUCCACACCAUAGAGUACUGUCUGGGAUGCAUCUCCAACACAGCCUCCUACCUGCGCCUCUGGGCCCUCAGCCUGGCUCAUGCACAGCUGUCAGAGGUGCUCUGGGGCAUGGUCAUGCACCUGGGUCUGGCCACCAGUAGCGGGGGCGGGUUCUUCGGCCUGUCUAUCAUCUUCGCAGCCUUUGCCACCCUCACUGUCGCCAUCCUGCUCGUCAUGGAGGGGCUGUCGGCCUUCCUGCACGCCCUGCGUCUGCACUGGGUGGAGUUCCAGAACAAGUUUUACUCCGGCCAGGGCUUCAAAUUUGUCCCCUUCUCCUUUGAGAGCAUCCUGGAGGGACGGUUUGACGAGUGACCAGGCCCCGGCCCCGGCCCUCCAUCAUGAGGCAGCAGGGCCCCCGGCCCCCCCUCCUCUCCUCCUCUGUGUAUGUGUUUGUGUGCAUGAGCCUAUGUGAAGCCCUCUAUCACCCUCUAGUGGUCAUCUGUGAAACUGUUAUUGUGUAUGAGCUAUAAUGUGGUCCUUGUGAAGGGUUUUUCCAGUGCACAUGUGCCAAGCUGUACCCAUACUGCAGCCUCUAUGGCUGUGGCACAGUAGCAUCACUGUGCUCAGCACUCAGCACGUUCACCUCCGCUGUGACAACAUCUCCUCUGCCAGCUCUCCCUCUGACAUAUCCAUCACCACAUACAUUUGGCAUGGUCUGUGUCCCAAUCUGGAGGCAAAAGUAGAGAAGUCUUCAUUUCUGUGGGGGCACCGAACACCGUAUGCAAAUCGUUUCACUUUUUCUCGGAGCAAUCGGUCCAGUAGAACCUGUAGUACUGAUUACAAUUUUCGACAGGCAUCAAAGGCCAAAAUUUGAACUUUUCAACGACAUUCAGCCCAGUUUAGGCUGCUCCAACAACACACUGAGAAACUAAAAGUAAAAUCCACAAUGUGCUUAAUUUCUUUCCAAAAUCUCAUUUAUGAUUAAAUCUUCAUGGUUAGAUCAAAUUCUGACUGAUUGCCAUUAAAAGUUAUGGUGAUCGGCCUAAGGUAUACAUUUUUUUCCUCCUGAUUACAAUGCAAGGACAUAUGGAGUUUGAUAAUUAAAAGCAGUGGUUCUUAACCUGCAGGAUGUAUAGAUAUAUAGGCAUAUUUUAGACUGGGGAAUGGGUUUUACCUUUCUGUGUGAAUUUGGUAGCUUUCCUGUGUUAUAUUCGGUGCUUAAUUAAGAGAGGCUGGUGUUAUGAUCGAUUAGAGGGAGAGAAAAAAUCAUGGAAAACCAAAUCAGCAGAGGGAGGCACAAAUCUGAAUCCUGAGUUACAACUAGUUUCAGACAACACACACAGAGACUGGUCACAAUGAACCCAAAUGUCACUGUAAAUGUAUUCAGUUUCACUCGUCCUCCACAGAAAUGGCGGUGGUGCUUUCAAAUGCAACACAUAAUCCAGCUCCAGCGGAUUCGUCCUCUCCCAGCAAAGUGAAGUACAAUUUUGUUGGAAAAGGGCGUGUAAGAACCAGGUUUUCUAAGUGUGGUUCGGUGGUGUAAUGCCAGACAAACUGAACCAACAUCCAGAGUUAAAAAAAAUACUUCAAACCUGUGUUCUGUGAAGGUAUCUUAUGUGUACAGCUUGGAAAAGUUUAAAGGGAAAACCUUUGAAAAUUCAUCCUGCUCAUAAAAAUGACUGUACGAUCACCUGUCUUCUUACUUACCUGUAGUUUCACUGCACAUCUGUUCUCACCCAGAAGAACUGACAAAUCAACAGACAGUGAGAGGGAAUAAAAACACUGAGAUAACUGUUUUAUGGUACAUGUCUGUGCAAUAAGAAUGCCUCUUUUAUUAAAGGUAUUAAUACCAGCAUCAAAGGCCCAUUCUGGUGAAUUGGUCAAAUCUGGGCAUAACACCUGAGCUGUUAUUGGAAAUGUAUUUGGCAGGUAAAUUAAAGUAAACCGAACUUAACAGAUCACAUUUCUGCUUCAACUGUCACAGAUAUUAUGGGGUUGUUAAGUGUAGUGAAUGUAUGUAUAAUGUGGAGUUGUAAGGCCAUAAUUCAACAUGUGGCAAUAUUUGUGAAAUGACUACAGAGUAAAAGUAUUUCCAGUAUUUCCAGAAAUUACAAUAUUACAAAAUCAAGUUAUGGAUCAAAUGGAUGUGUUGAUCUGUUACUAUCUGACCAGUGUUAUAUAGAGAGGAGAACAUAUAGCUGUCCAUGAUAAGAUGAAAACCCGUAACUUCCCUUUGCUCAUUCUGUGUGAAUUGGUGUUGUAAACCAGUUAAAGAACUGAAAUGAUGCAUUUAGCCUCCAAAGUGAAUUGUUUGGAAUCACUUCCAGUUGCUUCAGAAAUGUGGGGAAUGAUGUCACUCAGGACAGAAAACAAAAUCUUUUUUCCAUCCCUUUAAAAAAAGAAUUAAUGUACACAAGUUAAUGAUUUCCAACAUAUCUUAGCUUUAUUACAAGAAAUUACUCCAUCAAGUCAUUACACCUUAUAAGUGUUAAAGUGCGCCAUGCUGCACCUAAACAUCUCUCUUCUGUUCAAACUGAAGCACAGUUUGGAUUCACGAUAGCAAUCAUGUCAAUCUGAUAAUCAAAGUAAUUGAUACUGUAAUGGAUUUGCAUUAACUUUAUCUUUUUAAGUGUUUUCAUGAAAUGUAUCAGUUCAUUUGAAUUUACAUUCUGAUGCCAAAAAGCUACAGAAGAAAUGGACAUCAAAACAACACAUGCAACUGAUGGAAGGUAAUGUGUUUGUGAUCAGUAAUAAACAGACCUGGAGAAUCA